UCCCCCCGGCGACGAGUGAUGACGUGGCGUUUGGGCGGGUUUUCGUCAGUGUUGUGAAGCCGCGCGGACAGAAAAACAAAACAAAACGACGAAGCACAAACACAUUGUUUAAUGCGGAGGUAAAAGGCGGGUUCUCUGGAGCAGCGGGGAGAUGAACUGGGAACAACUGGAGCUCAACCCAAGGAUCAGGGCAGCGUUGAGGAGAGCCAAGAUGAAGUCUGUCAGGGAGGUUUUAUGUGUUUCUGGUCUGGACCUGCAGAGACUCACCGGCCUGUCCCGCUGUGACAUCCAGCAGCUGCUCACCGCUACCGCCUCCUCCUACAGAUCACACCCUCCAGUCCCAGCCCUCGUCCUCCAUCGUGGGGAGUGUCUCAGGUUGGAGUCCGGCCUCAGACUCAGUGUGGGCUGUCCUUUACUGGAUGAGCUGCUGAGGGGGGGUCUUCCUGUGGGGGGGGUCACUGAGCUCUCUGGCGAGAGCGGAGCGGGAAAGACUCAGCUGGCUCUGCAGCUCUGUCUAUCUGUACAGUACCCCACACGAUACAGAGGGCUGGACUCAGGAGCAGUUUAUAUCUGCACCGAGGACUCGUUUCCCAUCAGACGACUUCAGCAGCUGAUCAGAGGACAGUCCUGUCUGCGCUCUGACAUCCCACCAUCCCUGAUCAGCAGAACCCAGUUCAGUGAUCGGGUCUACAUUGAGCAUGCUGCUGAUCUGGACUCUCUCCAGGUGUGUCUGUCCCAGCGUGUUCCCCUCCUGCUGGCUCGGGGUCUGGUCCGGCUCUUGGUCGUGGACUCAGUGGCGGCUCUGUUCAGGUCUGAGUUCCAGGCUGAUGAUUGGCUGGAGAGGAACAAACAGCUGCUCACCUUCUCCUCCACACUACACCACCUGAGCCAGGAGUUCAGCACACCUGUCCUCUGUAUCAACCAGGUCACAGAUGUCUUCAACAGAGCUGAUCACAGUUUGGGACCUCUGUCCUCCAAUGUGUCACCUGCUCUGGGGUUGGCCUGGGCCAAUCAGGUGAUGGUCCGGCUGAUGAUCAGGCGUCUCCAGGGGACCAUUGCCCGUGGUGACCAGUGCAGCGCCCUCCGCAGGCUAGAGGUGGUGUUUGCGCCUCACCUGGCCCGAGAUGGACAAGACGCCGCAGUCUGGAGUGAGGGGGUCCGAGGCGUCUCCAGCUCUGACUGAUAAACUGUUUUAAUUGAAAGAGCCAUCCAUUCAAAUAUAUAAAUAAAGAUGUGUAUGAAAACUGUGUGAUAUAAAGAUUAUAAUAAAUCACAUAAGGUCGCAGUUUG